AUGCAAAAUUCUCAGGAUGCAUUUUCGUCUCCUUCAAGUCUACUAUGCCGAGAAGAAAGUGAGAAUGUCUUCAAUGAUGGUGGUGGUACAAUUGGUGAUUACAUAUCAAAUGCAGGGAAAGAAGAAGAAGAAGAUGAUGAUGAUGCUGAGUACGUAGAGAUGUUGCUCCGAGAAGUGAUUAGCGGCAAUGGACCUGUACUUCAAGAACAAGAAUGCGCAUACAUUAGUAAUUGGAUUAAAGAAGCUCGUUUGGAUGCCAUCCAAUAUAUUCUGAGUACCAAUGCAUCAUUUGGAUUUAAAAUCCAAACAGCUUUCUUGGCAGUCACAUAUCUUGAUAAAUUUCUUUCAAGAAGGCUUAUUGAGGGUGAGAAAUAUUGGGCAAUACGUCUGCUAGCAAUGGCUUGUUUAUCAUUGGCCGCAAAAAUGGAAGAAUGCAGAGUGCCCCUAUUAUCAGAAUUUCCUGGGGAGGAUUACAAUUUUGAAGGCAAAGUGAUAAGGAGAAUGGAGAUUUUAAUAUUAGAUACAUUGGAGUGGAGAAUGGCAAUAGCUACUCCUUACACCUUCACCCCUUAUUUCGUAUCAAAACUUUGCAAGAACAACCAAAUGAGAGACGCGGUUUCCAGAGUAAUUGAGAUCAUCCCUGUUGCAAUAAGAAAUGCCAAUCUAAUCCAUGAUAGACCAUCUACAAUAGCAGCAGCAGCAACAUUGUGGAUGUUGGACCAAAGAUUAUCAAGAGAGUCUUUGGAGCUUAAGAUCAACGCCUUAUCCUCCAGUGGUUUUCUAAAAAUUGAAGAUAUAAUAUCGUUUUAUAAUCAAAUGAAGGAACUAGACACGUCCAGCAGCAUAAGAUCUCCUCCAUUAACACCAAUUCAGUUGCGAAGAACGUCGAAUGAUGUUUUGGAGAACUCUACAAUUGCUAGCUCUGGCCUUACUGCUAAAAGAAAGAGCCUUACUUUCACUGAUGAGGGUGAUCAAAACGUUAAAAUGCCUGAUAGUAAACGACAAGGCUAGAGAAAUCUUUUAAAAGUGGUUUGGCGGGGAAAAGAAAGCAAAGUUUGCUCGCGUUACGCCUAUGGACAUCUAUAUGAAUUGCAAUUUA